GAGACAAGUGUCCGGAGGGAAAGGGCUCGUCCCGAAUAGCAUAAGAAUCUGGUUUGGGUUCGGCCCGUUGGAAACAAAGAGAUCAUGGCGGCUGUAGUUGUUGCAUGCAGAGGGAGGGGAGGCAAACGGGAGAGCAACACAAACCCAGGAUUUCUGCAGUAGCAGAGAGUGAAGACUUACCAGAGUCAGUGGACGGUGUGAAGAUUUUGUCUGGGUUUCCCACUUAUAGCUAACUCAAUGACCAUGGAGUCGGGAGCCGAUGCCCAGCAGGGUGCAGACACUGCAGUCUCUGAAACUGAGAACCACCAGAUCACACAGGCCCAGAUCGCCACUCUUGCACAGGUAACAAUGGCUGCCGGACACGCUAGUGCCACAGCGCCCACAUUCACCCUGGUGCAGCUGCCCAAUGGUCAGACGGUGCAGGUACACGGAGUGAUUCAGGCUGCUCAACCUUCAGUCAUUCAGUCGCCACAGGUGCAGACUGUCCAGAUUUCCACAGUAGCGGAGAGUGAGGACUCGCAGGAGUCAGUGGACAGCGUGACUGACUCUCGAAAACGAAGAGAGAUUCUUUCUAGACGCCCCUCAUAUAGGAAAAUCCUGAAUGACCUAUCAUCAGACGCUCCAGGAGUUCCGAGAAUUGAAGAGGAGAAAUCCGAGGAGGACACUGCGACUGCCAUCACUACAGUGACCGUGCCAACCCCAAUAUAUCAGACCAGCAGCGGCCAGUACAUCGCCAUUACACAGGGUGGAGCCAUUCAGCUUGCAAAUAAUGGUACAGAUGGAAUGCAGGGAUUGCAGACUCUCACCAUGACCAAUGCAGCAGCAGCCCAGCCGGGGACCACCAUCCUGCAGUACGCCCAGACCAGUGACGGUCAACAAAUACUGGUGCCCAGCAAUCAAGUGGUGGUACAAGCUGCUUCUGGAGAUGUUCAGGCCUAUCAAAUUCGUACUGCCCAAACCAGCACUAUUGCUCCAGGUGUGGUCAUGGCAUCCUCUCCGGCCCUGCCAAGUCAAGGAGGUGCUGAAGAGGUCACGCGCAAGAGGGAGGUCCGCCUCAUGAAGAACAGAGAGGCUGCUCGUGAGUGCCGUCGAAAGAAAAAGGAAUAUGUCAAGUGUCUGGAGAACCGUGUGGCCGUUUUGGAGAACCAGAACAAAACUCUCAUCGAGGAGCUCAAAGCACUCAAAGACCUGUACUGUCACAAAUCAGAGUGAUGUACCACCCGUUCUCCCUUCAUUCUGGCAGACUUACGAGACUAAAGGGCGAGUCAGCCAGACACGGACGCAUGUUUUCGAAAUGUUUUCUUAUUCUAAAUUGCUGCAGACUGCCUGUAUGAACACACAAGUACGUGAGGGAACUGAACAGAAGCCCCCUGGUCAACACAAAUCUCCUCUAGAAAUAUUGGAUCAUGUCAUUAAAGACAAAAAAAUAAAAAAUGCUGAGAAAUUUACUGUGGACAUAAACACUCAAGUACGUUCUCAGGCAUCUUUACUCCUGGACUCAAACCGAAACUCAGAGGAGGGGUUUAUGGGAAAAUGUUUACCUUUUUUCCAGUGUGCUGGUGUAUAAUUCGUCCAUAACUUUUAAAAGAGAUACAAAUAAUGUACAAUAAUAAUAAUUUAACUGACAUUUCAAUAGCAUGGUAGGCAUCGAGAAAGAUUUUGUCUUGGAGUUGGCAUCAUUCCCUCUUGAGAUUCUAAAGGUUUAACGUGUCUGACUUACUUUUAUUUGGUGUAUAGUGCUCUUGUGUUUUAAGUUGACAUUUUUACCUUUAAAUAUGAACAAACUAUAUAAAAUGAUGAAUAUUGAUAAACAGAAAUAUUGUGUAUCAUAUACAGAACAAGAUUAUAGCCCAUGUAUAUUUCGAUUUUGACAUUUUGCUCAUUUUAGAUGGCAAAAAUUUACCUAAAUCAUUUAAUUUCAUUAAAAUCUGCCAUUGCGGUAGCAACAGUUGCACAUGCAGAAUAUAAAAUGGUUAUAAUAUUGCAAACAUUUGGUCACUUAUACACCAAAAUUCACAUUACAAUGUCAGGAAUUACCCACAGAAGUGAAUUUGAUAUAUAUUUUUCAGGUUGAAACAUUUCUUCACUUUUAUGUUGAUUAUAUUCAGCAGAUCACUUGUGUGUUAUGCUUGUAUAUCAUAGAGCUAUAAUUGGAUGAAAUACAAUCCAAUACAUUCAGUCUCUGGCAUUAUAAACUAAAGCAUGUUUUAUAAAUAUAACAUUAGCUUUGAUAUCGUUAUAUGGUCAGUUUUUCAUUUCAACACUAACAACUGGGACGCAGUGUCUUUGUAUUUGAUAAUGUGAUGAUAACAUAAGUAAAGAGUACAUGUUAUCUAUUAUAGCAUAUGCAUUUUUGGCAGCUAUUUCAUAUUAAAAAAAAAAGAUAUGUUAAAAGGAUUUAUCUUGGUUUCAUUUUUCCUUUGUUCACAUUCAGUUGCUUCUGAAAAUUCAAGAAACAACUGAACAGUUGGUAACUUAAGUUACAGUUUGCCUUCAAUCAACGUAAGUUGUAUUUUUUUUUGUUUACAAAGUUGUCUCAGUUGAACCAAACUGUUUAAGGCUUUUAAAGUUCUUGAUGAAUU